AAACAAUUGAAGAAACCGAGGAGUCGGGUCACGGGUGGGAGUUGUUAGAGCUAACCACACAUCCCCUGUAUCAUCAGCCAUGGUGCCUCUAUCAAUUUCAGUUCACUGUACCAAGCUUUCCACCACUAUAAAUUCGCCAUUUCUCAAGCAUUAUUCAUCACUCAAUUAUCCACUUGCUCUUCAUUUUCUGAAAGAAACUAAGCCCAGUUUCUUUCUUUCUCGUUUCCCACGUUCUUCACGUAAUUUCAUUGUCUCUUACAAGGGUAGUGAAGUAGAAUUUAAUAAAGUUAAGAAAGCCAUGACGAUCAAGCCAGCUGUGAGGAUUGCAGACCGGAAACUGGUGGUGAAGGACAGGACUUUACUGAAGAAUGUGCCGGACAAUGUUAUUGCCACCUCCGGAGCUGCUUCGGAGCCGGUGGAGGGGGUAUUUUUGGGGGCGGUUUUCGACAAAGAAAACAGCCGGCAAGUUUUGCCGCUUGGGACACUGCGUGAUGUGCGUUUUUUGUCCUGCUUUAGGUUCAAGUUAUGGUGGAUGGCACAGAAAAUGGGGGACAAGGGCCGUGAUAUUCCAUUGGAGACACUAUUUUUGCUCUUGGAAACUGCGGAUGGAUCUCACUUGGAAUCAGAUAUUAAUGGCGAUGACGAAAAUAAAGUUGUUUAUACUGUGUUUUUGCCCUUGAUUGAAGGUCCCUUUACGGCUUGUCUGCAGGGGAAUGAUCAAGAUGAACUUGAACUGUGUUUGGAGAGUGGGGAUUGCAACACCGUUGGAUCAUCGUUUACGCAUUCGGUAUACAUCAGUGCCGGAACUGAUCCAUUUGGGACAAUAUACGAGGCGAUCCGGGCCGUGAAAUCCCAUCUCGGAACAUUCAGGCUGAGGCAUGAGAAGAAAUCGCCUGGAAUUGUGGAUUACUUUGGAUGGUGCACUUGGGAUGCAUUCUACCGAGAGGUUACUCAGGAGGGAGUUGCAGCCGGGCUCGAGAGCCUCGAGGCCGGUGGGACCCCUCCGAAGUUCGUGAUCAUCGAUGAUGGAUGGCAAUCAGUUGGCACAGAUGAGGAGAAGGAAAAGAAAGAACAAGAGCAGGCAUCCCUGCUGAGGCUUACCGGAAUCAAAGAAAAUGAGAAAUUUCAAAAGAAGGACGAUCCCUCGGUGGGGAUCAAGAACAUAGUCAACAUUGCGAAAGAAAAGCAUGGAUUGAAAUACGUUUAUGUGUGGCACGCGAUCACCGGUUAUUGGGGUGGGGUUCGACCUGGAGUGAAUGGCAUGGACGAAUAUGGAUCGGCUAUGAAGUAUCCGAUGUUGUCCAACGGAGUCCUAGCUAAUGAGCCGGGGUGGAAAACUGAUGCAAUUGCACUGCAGGGGUUAGGUUUAGUGAACCCGAAAAAUGUGUACAAGUUUUACAAUGAAUUGCAUAGCUACUUGGCUGCUGCUGGAAUAGAUGGCGUGAAGGUUGAUGUGCAAUGCAUCUUGGAGACCCUCGGGGCCGGUCUUGGGGGCCGGGUCGAAUUGACCCGCCAGUAUCACCAGGCUCUUGAUGCAUCUGUGACUAGGAACUUUCCUGAUAAUGGAUGUAUUGCCUGCAUGAGCCAUAACCUUGAAUCCCUUUAUUGGUAUGUGUCUGAUCCUUUUCCUAAAAAAGAUCUACAUUUUCUUGAUAUAUUGGCAUGCUUUUUGUUGAUUAGUGUAUUUAGAUCAAUCUGUUAUAGUCAUUGAAUAUAU